GUGAAUUAAGCUUAUCAUUUCAGAGUUCUACAUAAACAGAUAAAUCGUCCAUGCAUUAAAGAAAAACGUUGCAUUAAUUUCUUUGAUUAAAGCGUAUUUGCACAAUGUUGUACAGCGCUGUAUAUGAUAUUGCAUUUCAAAGAAUAUAAAGGAUAAAGUUUACUUAGGCAGUUCUAAUUGAUCUUUCAAGUCCUUAACUUAUUUCUGCAUCUUUGAACAUCUUAUUAGAAUAGUAGGACAGCAUGGAACAAGAACAAGAAAAGGGAGAGGAAACAUGUCUGACAGAAAAGAUGGGUCAAGGAGAAGGGUCAGGCAAAGGAGGACUCUGCCCAGGGAUCCUGUGGGGAAUACUAUGGUUCCUAAUACUAUGGUUCCUCGCAUGGCCAUUUGCAUUUUUUAUUGCAUGGUGGUAUAUAUUAUUUCUACCAUUCUGUGCAUGUAUCGACCCCUGCAAGGGUGUUUGUGAGACCCUACUAAAGCUUGUACAGCUGCCAUUGACUUGUGCUGAGAAUAUGAUUGCCAUGAAACCUCUAUGUGGAUGAUCAUGACUUUUAUGUGGUUGCUCAUGGAUUAGCAGACGACAAUUGGAUUUACUCGAAAAUAGUGCCUAUUACAUUUUAGACAAUUAAUAACAUUUUUAACUUCAAUUAGAUAAUUAUAGAAUUAUAUCAAUACAUCUGGUGCUUUAAAGAUGCAGACCUAAAGUAUCUCCAGUGUUUACAUAUAAUAACUGGUGCAGCUAGAAUUGGUCUGAAUCUUUAAUCAACUUACUUUUUUUGAUAAUGUUAUGUCUUUAGUAUUUCUAUGUAUUUAUUUAGAUAAGAAUAUGAAAAUGUUUUUAGUAUAAUUAUUAUUUAAUACACAACAUGAUACAAAUAUACAAUAUUUUGUUAAGAUUCA